AUGGCGGUGGCCGUUCCGCAGCGAGCGUGGACCGUGGAGCAGCUGCCCAAGAAGGACAUAAUCAAGUUUCUGCAGGAUCACGGUUCAGAUUCGUUUCUUGCAGAGCAUAAAUUAUUAGGAAACAUUAAAAAUGUAGCUAAAACAGCUAAUAAGGACCAUUUGGUUACAGCCUAUAACCAUCUUUUUGAAAGUAAGCGUUUCAAGGGUACUGAAAGUAUAAGUAAAGUAUCUGAGCAAGUGAAAAAUGUGAAGCUUAGUGAAGAUAAACACAAAGACACGAAAUCUGAGGAGAAUCUGGAUGAGGGUCCACCAAAAUAUACAAAAUCUGUUCUUAAGAAAGGAGAUAAAACAAACUUUCCCAAAAAGGGAGAUGUUGUUCACUGCUGGUACACAGGAACACUACAGGAUGGAACUGUUUUUGAUACCAAUAUUCAAACAAGCUCAAAGAAGAAGAAAAAUGCCAAGCCUUUAAGUUUUAAGGUUGGAGUAGGCAAGGUUAUCAGAGGCUGGGAUGAAGCACUCUUGACUAUGAGUAAAGGAGAAAAGGCUCGACUAGAGAUUGAACCAGAAUGGGCUUAUGGAAAGAAAGGACAACCUGACGCCAAUCCCAUGUAUUUUGCUAUAGCUGUGUAA